UUCAGUCGUCAUAAAGUGAGAUUGAGACUUUUUAACCAUUCUCCAGGGCACCAGGUGGCGCACUCGCAAAUACUUCCCAGUGCAACAUAGUGUUCCGAAACGCGGUUGUUUCGUCUGAAGCCUGGUCGUGGUAGGUCGUGACCCCGAGGCGAAGAGCAGGAGCAAGAUGUCGGACGACGAGGAUGUCCCCGUGGCGAAGAAAACCCGGAUCUUCUAUGGCAGCCUGGAGGAGAAGGAGCGGGAGCGGCUGGCCCGCGAGGGUUCGGCCAGCUCUGGCAAGGAGGCGGUGAAGGCGGGGAUUGAGGCCGGCAACAUCAACAUCUCCAGCGGCGAAUGCAUGGAGAUGGAGGAGCGUGUCAGCGAGCGGCAGGCGGAGGUGCUGGCUGAGUUUGAGCGCAGGAAGCGGGCGCGGCAGAUCACCGUCUCCACCGACGACGCCGAGGUGAAAGCCUGCCUGCGGGCUCUGGGAGAGCCAAUCACGCUCUUCGGGGAGGGGCCUGCUGAGAGACGAGAGAGGUUGAGGAACAUCUUGUCUGUGGUGGGACCAGAUGCCCUGAAGAAAUCCAAAAAGGAAGACGAGAAAGGGAAGCGCUCUCAAGAAGAGUGCCAGCAGACCUGGUACCAUGAAGGCCCCACCUCUUUAAAGGAAGCUCGUCUGUGGUUGGCUCGCUACUCUCUGCCCAGGGCCGUGAAGAGGCUGGAUGCAGCUCGCGCUCAGAAGGAGAUCCCCGAAUCUUCCCGGACCGUGCGUCAGCAGGAGCUCCACAAGACGCUGAGGGGCCUGAAUAACUUCUGCAGUCAGAUUGGGGACGAGAGACCCAUCUCCUCCUGCCAGUUUAGCCCCAACUCCAAACUGCUGGUGACGGCGUCCUGGAGUGGUCUCUGUAAGCUCUGGGCAGUCCCUGAUUGCAGCCUUGUCCGCACUUUAAGGGGACACAACACCAACGUGGGGGCCAUCAGUUUCCACCCCCAGGCCACACUGUCUCUGGACGCCGCCGAUGUCAACAUGGCCUCUUGUGCGACUGACGGAUCAGUGAAGCUCUGGAGUCUGGACAGUGACUAUCCGAUGAGCCGUGCCGAGAGGCACUCGAUGCGGGUGGCACGCGUGGCCUGGCACCCCUCCGGGCGCUUCCUGGGCACCACCUGUUAUGAUAACUCCUGGAGGCUGUGGGAUCUGGAGGCGCAGGAGGAGAUCCUCCACCAGGAGGGCCACAGCAAGGGGGUGCACGACCUGCACUUCCACCCCGACGGCUCCCUGGCAGGGACCGGGGGUCUGGACUCGUUCGGCCGGAUCUGGGACCUGCGGACGGGGCGCUGCGUCAUGUUCCUGGAGGGCCACCUCAAAGAGAUCUACGCCAUCGACUUCUCACCCAACGGCUUUCACGUGGCGACAGGAAGUGGAGAUAACACCUGCAAGGUCUGGGACCUCCGGCAGAGGAAGUGCAUCUACACCAUCCCCGCUCACCAGAACCUUCUGUCCUCAGUGAAGUUCCAGCCCACUGACGGUCACUACCUCCUGACCGGAGCGUACGACAACACGGCCAAGGUGUGGACGCACCCCGGCUGGUCCCCGCUCAAGACGCUGGCGGGGCACGAGGGGAAGGUGAUGGGGCUGGACGUGUCGGCUGACGGACAGCUCAUCGCCACCUGCUCGUACGACCGCACCUUCAAACUCUGGGUCUCCGAGUGACCAUUGGUCGAUACGCCCCUCCCCUCCCCCUCUCCGUCGCUGCGAUUGGCUGAUAUAACCCCCACCCCCUUCUCCAUCGCUGCGAUUGGCUGAUAUCCAGCCUCUCUCCACAUCGGGGCCUGUGUACUGACCAGGUGUCACUAUGACAACCUUAGGCUGCCAACUCCAGCUGUUUAGGGUCUGUCGGCCUAUUGAAUCAUUAUUGCAUCAGUGCCAUUGUUUGGGGUUUCAAUCUAAGGACUACAGGUUUUGAAAGGGUUUCUAAUGGAGUAGAUGAAUAAUUUGAAUUGAAUGAAACUCCACCCUGGCCCUUGAAGAGAGACGUUGGUUCUGGGUAAUAUCUGGUAUUUCACAUAAUAUGGUGUCUGAGAUUUAACAUUCAGCUGCACACAGUUUAGUGACGGGUCCUUUAUAACAGCAACUGCCUUCAUAGUGGUGAGCUAGCAAAGGUAUAGAUGGUCAAGCACAGGUAUAGAUCAGGUUCUGAGAAAGUGCUUCUCCUGUUGCUCUUUGCAAACUGUCUGCAUGAGAGGUGCUGUCAUGGCAACACAAGGACUAUUCAACAAAUAUAUCUCUUACUUUUUUCCCCGUGCUUUUUUGUUCUACCAGUUUUCAUUUUGAACAAUCUUUCCUGCAGUCUGAUUGGACGGAAAAAGCCCCCGUUUUUGUUAUCAGCCAUUCGGCCAGUUUUUGUAACUCAAGUCAUAUUUUUUUAUUGUGUCCACACAGAUAUUUUCAUGUAAUAAAAAAACCAUGAAAAAUAAAA